UGUAUGUGCACUACCAGUACCAGUAAUUCAUCCCCUCACCAUUUUCUCGUUUCAGUGUACAUCAGCAAUUCAAGAUUGAACCCAUGAUUUCCCGAUUCAUCAUUCUCUCUAUACUAGUUGUCACAACAUCAAAAAAAUAUGUAUUUGCAUCUCCAAGCAAUGACACUGAUCAAGAGGCGUUGCUUUCUUUCAAGGCUUCCAUAACAGAUGACCCAUUGCGUGUGCUGGCUUCAUGGAACAAUUCCAUUCACUUCUGUCAUUGGACAGGCGUUACAUGCAGCCACAAACGACAGAGGGUAACAUCACUACGUCUCACCUUGAAACAUCUGGUGGUGGGUACAUUAUCUCCAUAUAUUGGAAACCUUUCCUUUCUCAGGGAAAUUUACCUCUACGGAAACAACUUUCACGGCUCUGUCCCAAAUGAAGUUGGUCGCCUGUUUCGUCUGCAAUAUCUUAUUCUAAGGAACAACUCUUUCCAGGGUGGAGUACCUGCCAAUUUGAGUCAUUGUGUGGCUAUGAGAGAAAUUAGUAUGUACAACAACAAUCUAGAAGGCAAACUUCCUACUGAGUUUGCUUCCUGGCCUAAGAUUGAACGGAUUGACCUCGCCAAGAAUCAUUUUACUGGCUCCAUUCCGCCUUCAAUAGGAAACAUAUCAUCCCUUCUUCUUCUUUAUCUUGAUGAAAACAAUUUAGCUGGGGGCAUACCUUUGGAAAUUGCUCAUCUUGUUAAAUUGGAGACUCUCGUCUUGGGAAUGAACGAUUUGUCAGGUACGGUUCCCCCACCACUUUACAACAUUUCAUCCAUGUAUAAAUUGGGCUUAUACCAGAAUGACUUAAAAGGAACACUUCCACCAGAUUUCGGUGUCAACUUCCCUCAGCUGGAACACUUUUCCUUGUCAGGGAACAGAUUUUCAGGCCUGCUUCCGCCAUCAAUUACUAAUGCAUCUAAUCUCAUUAUAAUUGAUAUGGCCGAAAAUAAUAUUACCGGGCCUAUACCAAACAAUUUGGGUAGCCUUCCCAAUCUUCAACUUCUAGAUUUAGGUCUCAACCCACUUGGAAACUAUUUGGGCUCCGAUGACUUAAGCUUCUUCAAUUCUUUGGUCAAUUGUACCCAUCUAAAUGAAUUGGGAUUAUACGAUAAUGGUUUAACAGGGGAGCUCCCAAGCUGCAUUGUGAAUCUUUCCAUCAGUAUAGAGCAACUGUAUAUGUAUGAAAACUACAUAUACGGAAGCAUACCUCGCGAAAUUGGAAAACUUGUCAACAUGAAAGUAAUUUCAUUGUUUCGCAACUUAUUUACAGGGAGCAUCCCAGAAUCAAUUGGAGAGCUUGCAAAUUUAGGGAUUUUAGAUUUGCAAGAAAACAACAUAUCAGGAGUGAUUCCAACUUCCAUUAGCAACAUUACUCAUUUAAUUGAUCUGGCUUUAAGUCAUAAUAUGCUCCAAGGAAACGUUCCUGCUAAAUUGUUUAGAAUCUCCACGAUACAAUCAUUGUCCGUUGAUAACAACAGGCUCAUAGGUAUAAUACCUGAGGAAAUCAUGUUUUCUUCUGAAUGUAUUUUCCUUAUUUUGUCCAAAAAUUUGUUUACUGGGCCACUUCCAUCAAACAUUGGAAGCUUGAAGCAUUUGACUACACUAGACCUCUCAUACAACAGAUUAACAGGAGAUGUACCCGCCAAUCUUGCGGCCUGUGUGAUGCUAGAGAAACUGCAUAUGGAAGGAAACCAUUUUCAAGGUAAAAUUCCAUCUUCUUUUAAAGCUUUGAAAAGUCUUUCACUUCUAGAUCUUUCGAACAAUAAUAUCUCUGGGAGUAUUCCAAGCUUUUUUGACACGUUUCAUCUAAUUACGUUCCUGAACCUGUCACACAACAAGCUUGAAGGUGAAGUGUCCAAAGACGGUUUAUUUUCAAACAUUAGUGCUUUUUCAAUAAUUGGAAAUUUGGAGCUCUGUGGAGGUAUUCAAGCAUUGCAUUUGCAUUCUUGUCCAACAAAUGUUUUGAGGAAUAAGAAAAAAAUAUUUGGCCUGAGAAAAAUAUUACUCUUGGUUCUUUUACCUUUUGGUUUCUUGUUACUAUGUCUUGCCUUAAUUUGUUAUAGACGUCGAAAUUUCAAGAAGUUGAAAGACCUCAUCCCAGUAUUGAUGGACAACCAAUUUCCCCAACUUUCAUACCAAGAUCUUCUGCUUGCUACAAAUGAGUUUUCUCCAGAUAAUAUGCUCGGUAGAGGAAGAUAUGGUUCAGUUUACAAAGGAGUUCUCAAAGCAAUGGAGCAAAUAGUUGCUGUGAAGGUACUAAACGUUGAAAUACAUCGAGCAAAGAAAACUUUUUUGGCAGAGUGUCAAACAUUGAGAGAGAUUCGACACCGGAAUCUUAUCAAGAUCAUUACAGCAUACUCUACCAUUGAUUUUAAGGGCAAUGACUUCAAGGCAUUGGUUUUUGAGUACAUGGCUAAUGGGAGUGUGGACAACUGGUUGCAUCCAAGCCCUUCCCAUCAGCGGAAUGAAAGAAACUUGACUCUACUACAGAGAUUAAAUAUUUCCAUCGAUGUUGCAAUGGGAUUGGACUACCUACAUCAUCACAGCCAUGAAAGUAUCAUUCAUUGUGACAUAAAGCCAAGUAAUAUUCUUCUUGAUGAGGAUUUUGUUGCUCAUAUUGGGGAUUUCGGUUUCGCGAGGUUUUCUCAUGGUACCACAAGUGAUGUCAAUCAAACACAGACGAGUUCAACAAGUGUACAUGGAACAUUUGGAUAUGUUCCUCCAGAGUAUGGAAUAGGUGGAGAGGUAUCUACAAAGGGUGAUGUGUAUAGCUAUGGAAUUCUUCUACUAGAAAUUUUCUCAGGGAAAUGCCCUACUGAAAGCAGCAUAUUAAAAGACGGUUAUAGUAAUCUUCAUAAUUAUGUGAGGGCAGCACUCCCACGAAGAGUGAUGGAUAUUGCUGAUCCGCAGAUUGUACUUGAUCAAGAAGAACAUGGCUUGACUGUAAAUCAAUCAUACAGCAGGGCUUCCAUGAAAGUAUGCCUCACAUCAAUAUUUGAAGUAGGGAUAUUAUGCUCUGAAGAGUUGCCACAAAAACGCAUAGACAUUAAUGUUGCUAUUAAGAGAUUACAGGCAGCACAAGACACAGUUCUGCAGCACAGGCAGUAAGUUGGGUGAGAGUGGAAAUCUCUAUACUUUCUAAAUAAAGGGAUCUAUAUGUUGAUCCUGAUGUGAAAAUAAAGACUUUGUACCUAUUUAUUUCCCAUAUUAACAGAUUACAUGCGGCAGAAGACACAACUCUGCAGCGCAGGCAGUAAGAUGGAUGAGAGUGGCAAUCUCUAUACUUAAUAAAUAAAGGCAUCUCGAUAUAUAUGAUUCUAAUGUGACAAGAAAUAAUUUUUACCUAUGUAUUUCCCAUAUUUCUAACCUUUUAUGUUUGUAAGCAAGGCUUCAGCCUUGCUUAUUAUAUUAUUAUUAGGUUUUCUUGUUAUUAUGCGAGCACAUUAAGUAUCAUUCAAAUUCACAUAACGUGAAUUUAAUUAUGCAAAUGUAACAACAGAUCGCAUGCAAGGAUGAUUGA